ACUCCAAUCAGAAGGCGAUAUGUGAUGGUGAUGUUGAUGAAUGUGUUGAUGAUGGUGAUGAUGGUGAUGGGUAUGUAGAUGGGUAUGUGGUUGCUGUUGUUGAUAUCUUUGUUGUUGUCUUUGUUGGUGUAAUGUAUAUUGCCGUUGAGUAG